GCGCGUUGUUUGUAAACUUGUUACAGAAACGAUAAAUUUUAUCGAGUCGCCGAGAAGCGCAAAAAAUGACCACACGAGAGGAGCUCGAUUAUUGCUACGACUUUGUCUUGAAUCUUACUACAGAGUCCGGAAAGGUGAUCCGCGAUGCUUUGCAGGGAUAUAAACAAAUUGAAACAAAGGCUGGCAAUUGGGACUUAGUGACGCAGUACGAUAAAAAGAUCGAAGCAAUUCGAAUCGACAAUCUGUCGAAGCAAUUCCCAACGCACAAGUUUAUUGGCGAGGAAACAGUAUCGUGUUACGAUUUCCUACCGGAGCUCACCAAUGAUCCUACAUGGAUCAUCGAUCCGAUUGAUGGAACAACAAACUUUGUACAUUCCUUCCCAUACACUUGCGUGUCGAUCGCAUUAGCUGUGAAUAAGGAAGUUGAGAUUGGUAUAGUUUACAAUCCCAUUUUGGAACAGUUGUUCACGGCCAGAAGAGGCCAUGGAGCAUUUUUGAAUGAAAAACCAAUCACAAGCUCCAAUGUGGAAAAACUGGAGCACUCUCUGCUAUGUUUGGAAGUUUCGUACGCGACUAUCGAGAACGUCCGCGAUAUUAUACUGGGCAGAUUGGAAGCUUUUGUCUCGAUAGCACAUGGAAUAAGAACUAUGGGUUCAGCGGCGUUGACUCUGUGUCACGUAGCCAUGGGAGCUGUCGAGGGUUACCACUCCGAUCAUCUGAUGCCUUGGGACGUAGCUGCAGGUAUUCUUAUCAUUAAGGAGGCCGGCGGUAUUGUGAUCGACACAAACGGUGAAAAGUUCAAUAUGAUGUCACCAAAACUAUUAGCUGUUGGUAACAGCAAGUUAGCAGGAGAGCUAGUGAAGUUAAUAACACAUGCAGACGUUAAGACUCAUCAGAGAAAACUAUUGUUGCAAGCUGCAACAUAACUUCCCCGAAGACACUCUCACUUGAAAUUACAAUUUAUUAUUUAAAAGAUACAUGUAUAUUCCUAUAUUCAGAAUUACAAAUUAAAAUUUUAUGCAAAUAAAACACACAGAUGCUAAAAAUCUAUCACAAAAGGGAACUGUCGCAAAAUAAUUUCUUUGCGAGUAUUUAAAAGACAUUCAGAACCUAAAAUGACAUGUUAUUUAUAAAAUAUUAAUUAUAUACAUAUAUUAAAUAUUGUAUAUGUGUCCCUGUAUUCAGCAUUAUAUAAAAUAUUACAUAAUUUGUUAAGUUAUAUUAUCACAUAAAAGUCUAUGAUUGUACUGAUAUUCAUAUAUCGAUCUCUUAUUAUUUAUCAACAAUAAUGUAUAGAUCUGAACGUCGAAACAAAGUUGCUUAAUAUUUACUCAUUAUCCGUGUGAAAUAAAUAGCACAAUACAUUUGGCCGUAUUAUGAUAAGCAAAAGUUUUUCAAGUAAUUACGUGUAAUUGCGCUAAGCGCAAUGUAUAACAAACUAGAGUACCAAACCUGUAUAUGAGAUUAAUAAUGCUAAUUGUUAGAGUGUCAACUUGUAGAAGAAUAUUUUGCAGUUCGAGACUAGCGGCAGAUCUAGUAAAAGUUACAUCAAUAAGCGAGCGAUAUAGAAAGUGCAUUAAGAGAAGUUAGAAGCACAAUUGACAAAUAGAUGAUAGUAAAACUUGUUAUUAUCCAUAUGUAAUUAGCCGAUUUAAUUGGUCGUCAAUAUAAUUAGUCAUACGUAUUUAUUUAAUCUCCUUAACUAUAAAAAAAUAUAUGACAAACUUGGACGUUGCGUAUAAUGUAAAUGAAAAUCCUUGCAAUGCGUUGCUAGCUGGUUGGCCCAGCUAGCCUGUCAUGCCCAGCGCGUAGAGCGUUCGUCUCACCGCAGUGCGCGUACUAAUUGAGCUGCCGCUCGGUAGAAAUUCUUUAUCGUUAAUAUCUCAAAAUUUUACGUUGUUUAAAAAAGGCACCGAUUGCAUUACUUACCCUGACCUAUUCUAACUAUAUAUUAGCUCUUAUACGAAUCAGACACCCUGUAGAUACUCUUUUAUAACUAUGAAAAAAUUGAUCUAACUACAUAAUAUGACUAAUGCUAUCUUUGGUUGUUAAAUUUAUAUAAAUAAAACGGAAAAUACAAAUAAUAUAUGUUGAGUCAUAUGUGUUUUAUAAUCUCUAUGUGAAUAAAAUUUAGAG